AUGGGGACAUUUUAUGUGUGACUCUCCGGCAGAGAGUUAAUUAGUCUUGGUCUUCGGGAAAAUGGCGGCACCUAUUGGCUGUAUAGUCUUCUUAGAGGACAAUAUUUGAUCAAGUUAGCGGCUCUCUUCUGUCUAAGCUAACUGAGGUCAUCUGGGCUCCAGGUUGUUGGCUGGUGCAUAGUGGAACGUAGCUGGAUAGUGCUGGGUAACGGUCUGUGUCAGUGUGGAUCGUGAGGGCUCUUGGCCAAAACUGCCGCCACCAUGACAGCUCCGUGAUCUCGUCAGUAACUGUCUUGUUGUUAAGAUCUCCUCUGUGAAUUUCCUAGAAAGGAGGGCCGUACUCUACACUGAGAUGACCUCUGAAGCUACGAUUGCUCCACCAAGGAGCAAGCUGCCAAACUCAGGAUAUCGAGACUUCUACUGGCUCCGUUCCUUCGUGGCAGGAGGGGUUGCCAGCUGCUGUGCUAAAUCAACCAUUGCACCCUUGGAUAGGAUUAAAAUUCUCUUUCAAGCACAAAAUAUCCACUACAGGCACCUGGGUGUACUCGCCACCAUAAAAGCUGUGAAACACAAAGAAGGCUUUCUAGGGUUUUAUAAAGGAAAUGGAGCCAUGAUGGUCAGGAUCUUCCCAUAUGGAGCCAUACAGUUUAUGGCAUUCGACAGAUACAAAAAGUUCGUACGCAGGACUAUCAGCAAAUCUGAGCAUCUAUCUAGAUUAUUGGCUGGAUCAAUGGCUGGUAUCACUGCAGUUAUGUGCACUUAUCCACUGGAUAUGGUCAGAGCUCGUCUUGCAUUUCAAGUGACAGGAGAACACAAGUACAAUGGCAUCAUAGAUGCUUUUAAGAGUAUUUACACAAAGGAGGGAGGAUUCCGUGGAUAUUACAGAGGCCUUGUUCCCACUGUUAUAGGAAUGGCACCUUAUGCAGGUUUCUCAUUUUUCACUUUUGAGACCUUAAAAACUGCCGGACUCAAACAUGCCCCAGAACUGUUGGGGAAACCAUCCUUCGACAAUCCAGAUGUCAUGGUACUAAAGACACCUGUCAGCUUAUGCUGUGGUGGGAUUGCUGGAGCCAUUUCACAGACUAUCUCUUACCCUCUGGAUGUCACACGGCGGCGGAUGCAGUUGUCUGCAAUCUUGCCAGAUUCUGAGAAGUGCCGAACCAUGUAUCAAACCCUGAAAUAUGUCUGCACAGAGCAUGGCAUAAGGAAAGGACUGUACCGAGGUCUCUCUCUGAACUACAUCCGCUGCAUUCCUUCUCAAGCUGUGGCAUUUACAACAUAUGAGUUUAUGAGGCAGAUUCUGCACUUAAAUGAAUCUCCACCUCCAAAGUAGGAAGAUUACAGCAUCAGAAGCCUUGCACAACAAAAUCAUUUUAUAAUCGGAUAUUUGCAGAAGAGCGAUCACCUGUUUAGAGUUCCUGAAUCUCGUUCUUACAGUUUAUGCUACAAUAAAGAGUUAAAUGAAUACAUUUUAUUAGGUACAUGGUGGCAGUAUCAAGUAAAUGCCUCUCUUUGUAAUAUAUGAGUUUUUUUUAAAAAGAGUGAUUUUUUUAUAAAGACCUCUAAUUUAUAUUUAUGGAUCAUUGUAAUUUAAUAACACACUUCUAGCUCUGACUGAAUAGAAAAUUCCAGCUGGAUGACUUUGUAAAAUGUAUAUAAAAUAAUAUAAAUAUACAAAUGAUUUAGA